CGGGCCGGCUGGUUGGCUGCGGCCCGCGUGGCCGCGCGCGGGUUGGCCGCUCGGUGGGAGGUGUGCGGGGCGUGGGGCUGCUCUGCCCGGACGAAGAUGGCGGCCGUGACCGCUCUGAGGAGCAGCUGCAGGACCGCGGGGCGCCUGGUUUGUGUUCACCACCUUAGAUCGUGCAGCAGCAUCCGCUUUAUAAAAUCAAAAUAUGCGUGCGUGUUUGACAAAUCUGCCUUCAACUUUAGUCAUCAGCAGCGAUUAUUCAGAACAUCUGCUGUUUCACGUGGCCAAAUUGUCCAGUUUAAGCUUUCUGAUAUUGGAGAGGGUAUUACGGAGGUGACUGUGAAAGAAUGGUAUAUAAAAGAAGGUGAUAGUGUUUCUCAAUUUGAUAGCAUCUGUGAAGUGCAAAGCGAUAAAGCUUCUGUUACUAUUACUAGUCGUUAUGAUGGCAUCAUUAGAAAACUCCAUUACAAUUUAGAUGAAAUAGCUUAUGUUGGAAAACCACUUGUGGACAUUGAAAUUGAUGCUUCAAAAGGUGUUGCUCCAGAAGAAGAUGUUGUUGAAACACCAGCUAUGUCUCAUGAGGAACACACACACCAGGAGAUAAAAGGUCACAAAACAUUAGCAACGCCUGCAGUUCGUCGUCUUGCUAUGGAAAACAAUAUUAAAUUGAGCGAAGUUAUUGGAACAGGGAAAGAUAACAGAAUCCUGAAGGAAGACAUUCUCAAUUUUUUGGCCAAACAAACAGGAGCUAUCCUACCUCCAUCACCAAAAGCUGAAAUUAUUGCACCAUUGUCAAAAUCAGAGACAGUGCCAACUGCUCCAAAGGACAAAGCACGCAAAAUUCAAAUGCCUGUUUCCAGACCCAUUGUGUUUUCAGGAAAAGACAAAACCGAACCUAUAACAGGUUUUCACAAGGCAAUGGUAAAGACUAUGAGUGCUGCCUUAAAGAUCCCUCACUUUGGUUAUUGUGAUGAGAUUGACUUGACUCAACUUGUUCAGUUGCGAGAAGAACUCAAACCUUUAGCACAAAGUCGUGGAAUUAAGCUUUCCUUUAUGCCUUUCUUCAUAAAGGCAGCUUCUCUGGGAUUAUUGCAGUAUCCCAUUCUUAAUGCUUCUUUGGAUGAAAGCUGUCAAAAUGUCACCUACAAGGCUUCUCACAACAUUGGAGUUGCUAUGGACACAGAACAAGGUUUAAUUGUCCCAAAUGUGAAAAAUGUUCAAGUCAGUAGUAUCUUUGAGAUUGCUUCUGAAUUAAAUCGCCUACAAGCCUUGGGCUCUGCCGGCCAACUGGGAACAAAUGACCUCACUGGGGGAACAUUCACCCUUUCAAAUAUUGGCACAAUUGGUGGUACUUAUGCCAAACCAGUGAUUCUACCUCCUGAAGUUGCUAUUGGAGCACUUGGAAAGAUACAGGUUCUUCCUCGAUUUAAUGGAAAAGGUGAAGUAUUUAAAGCACAGAUAAUGAAUGUGAGCUGGUCAGCUGAUCACCGCAUUAUUGAUGGAGCUACAAUGGCCCGUUUUUCUAACCUCUGGAAAUCUUAUUUGGAGAACCCUGCUUCGAUGCUGCUAGACCUUAAAUAAAGGAAAUCAUGGCUAGAAUAUGCCUUUAAACUGUGUUAGACUGAAUAACUACAAAAGCUGGCUUUGCUAGCACAUGCCCUUUGCUACUCAUUGUAUAAUAACUUUAUGUGGUUAAAAGUUCUCAAUAUCAGUCUAUCAAUUAAUUGUUACUUCUUUUAAUUAGUAAUGCUGUAUUUUCUUCUACAGCAGGCUGUCAAUAGGUCAUGGCACAACUUCUGAAUAUGGUGAUGAACUGUCUUUAUUUUGCCUUCUGUAGUACAUAUGAUUGUAAGACUGGUGUAAAGGAAUCACUGAUCUAUACCUGUAGUAUUUUUAAUCAGAUUAACUCAUUUUGAAGGUAAAAACGCACAGUUCUUCUUUGUUGGAAAGAAAUUUAUCUUAACAGAUAAUAUCAACAUUUCCAAAAGAAGUUAUGCAAAAUUAAAUGCAAAUAAAAUGCCUAUUAUGCUUCUGCUGUAAGAUGUCCAGAGAGCUUUUUGUUGUUUAACAGAGUUAAACUCUCAAGUUUAACUACUAGUCCACUUUUUCCUGGUAUUUCUUGCACAGGUACUUUAUCAGAUGAUAAAGGGAGAGGGCAUGUUUAUUCAAAUAUUGCUGAUAACAUUUACUGAUAAGUAUCAGGACCUUGAAACUCUCUAGGAUAUACUGUAUUUUUAUAGUCUGGAAAUAGUUACAGUCCUUAAAUUCCACUAUUUUUGUUUCUUAUAGAAAACAUCUAUUUGUAGAAAAGGAGGAUCUCAUUAGUUACUGUGACAUUAUCUAAGGCUGACAGCAAAGAGAAUGUACUCUUGAAGUUUGCACCAUCUUACAUUAUUGAAGUUCAGUUGCCAGAACUUGACAGGUUAAUCUGAUACAAGUAAGAAUUAGUAUUUAAUAAAAAUAUUAUGAGGAAUAACUGAUACAAGGCAAAGAAUGAAGAGGUUCAAGUUAAUGCCUUCAGAACAGAUUAUAAUUGUGCUGCUUUAAGGUAAACUUAAGAAAUGAUGAGAGCUGUAGUGGUUAUUUGGUAGGAGUUAGAAAAUGGUUGGAUAUAAAUGCCUUCUAGAAACAUAAGCUUGAAAUAGACACAGGAAAAAGCAGUUGUAUGAUCUUAAAAAUUAAUUUGCAAAUUGGACGUUUUCUCCUUUCUUUAGAAAUAUCAAAAACUGUCUUUACAGGAACAUUCACCAGUGUUGUAGACCAAAGUAGCCUGAUGUGUUUAGCUGUGAAGAUGCAAGAUGUAAGCUACCGGGGUAGAAUCUCUGCUAUCCUUGAUGCUGAGACUGAGCAAGAGGAAAGGUGGUAAUGUGAUCCUGUACAAGUGGAUACAUCUUCUACUUAUUUUAAAGAACGUACUGCACUUGAGACUACUAAAAGAGCACUGCCUAAUGGCUAUUCUUCUACAAGUAUGUUACUGUGGUAAGGGCUUAGUCUGAAUUAUAUUUUGUUUUAGUCUUAUGGCCAUAUAAAAAAUAAGUUGAGGAAACAAAAGUAUAUGAUAGAAAGUGAUAAAGUGAUCUUCAAAUAUUUUAGAGAAGAAUUUUACUCACAAAAGAAGCUUGAAAUUUCCUUACCACUCAAAGACCUGGUUUGGCCUAACUCUAAUUAUUUGUUUCUUUCAAGAAGGCAGAGCUUGUAUUUUUAUUUUAAAAAUUAAUUAAUUAAAAAUACUGGGGGUAUUGAACCUCUAACAAAACUGAAAGAAGCAAUACCUAUACCAAAGACGUCAUUUUUACUUUUGCAUAACUUUCUCCUUUGCUUCUAACACAUCCCCUCCACACACAAAAAAUGUGCCCUUGAAGAUUAAAAGCUAAAGCAGUUAGCGUCUUUUAAAAUAGGAAUUGGUGUUCAUAUUUUAGUAAUUUAAUUUUCAUUAUUAAUGUUGUGGUUUACUUUCCAUUAUGAAGUUUUAUGUGGUAAUGAUAGAAUCUAAGUCAAGCUGAGAAUGACUAAAAGUGUUUUCUACUGUGACCAAAUGAGUGCUAUUUUUAAAAUUUCGUCUUCAUAUUUUAUAUCUUUAUUGUGCAAUCUAGGUUAGAACAAGUCAGUUUUAUGACUUCUGUUUCAACCAGUGAUUUUAAUGAUAAUUGCUGUCUCUCUCUUUCCAUCUGAGUGAAGAAAAAGAUAUUAAACAUCAAAAAUAAUAACAAAGUUAAAAUGGUCUAAAUAGUCUGUCAUGUAACUUCUAACACUCGUUUACUGUGACAGUUGUUCGCCUUUUAUCUUCUCCAAUGUCUCUUUGAAGAAAUAGAAUGUUAAAAAUGUUUUAUGAUUGGAAGCAUGUAAAAGGGAGUGGUGAGCAAUAACCCCUCUGCAUACCAUGAUAAAAAUUACUUUUCUGCCGGGACUUUGACAAUUUACAUGGGAAUUCUUCAUCAUGAGCAAAAUGAAUGAAUAAAAUACUUAAUUAUGUAA